AAUUUUAGUUGGAAAAUUUUUUAUGACAAUAGACUUACUUAUUUCAGAUUUUCCAAAAUAAAUUGAGCAAACGCAAACCCAAACCCAAACACAAACACAUUUGUCUCACUGUAAACAAACAACUCUUCCCAUUUGUCUCGCCCUUUUUCCAGAUCAAAACCUCAAAUUCAGUAAAAAAAAAAAAAAAAACUUGCAGAAUCUUAAAACAAUCAAAUUCCACAUAUCAAAGCUCAGUUCAUCAUUCAAAUUUGCAUCUGUGCAAGAAUUUGAAUUCAACUGUAGUGUAAUACAAAAUGGCGGCAGAUGAUGUACCCUUAGACGAUAAAGCGAAGAGAAUGAGAGAUCUAUUAUCGAGCUUCUAUUCAACGGAUCAAACUUCUGUAACUAAUUCAAAUCCCGUUUCUUCAAAGUACGCUACAUUGGAUACCAUCAAUUCGCCUUCAUUUGAUCCUGACAAUUACAUGAAUCUCUUGGUACAAAAAUCAAACUUGGAGACAUUACUUCAACGGCAUGUUGAAAUGGCAGCUGAAAUAAAAAAUUUGGACACCGAUUUGCAGAUGUUAGUGUAUGAGAACUACAAUAAGUUUAUUAGUGCCACAGAGACGAUUAAAAGGAUGAAUAGCAACAUUGUCGGCAUGGAGGCAAAUAUGGAGCAGUUACUUGAGAAGAUUUUAUCUGUGCAAUCCAGGAGUGAUGGGGUCAAUACAUCACUGUUUGAGAAAAGAGGGCAUAUAGAAAAGCUGCACCGUACUCGCAACCUUCUACGCAAAAUCCAGUUCAUAUAUGAUUUACCUGAAAGACUCGGGAAGUGCAUUAAAUCUGAAGCUUAUGCUGAUGCAGUUAAGUUCUACACCGGUGCAAUGCCCAUUUUCAAGGCAUAUGGAGACUCGUCAUUCCAAGACUGCAAGAAAGCAUCUGAAGAUGCAAUUAGCAUAAUAAUUAAGAAUCUACAGGAAAAGCUUUUUUCGGACUCUGAAUCCAUCCAAGCUAGAGCUGAAGCUGUAAUGCUUCUCAAGCAGCUAGAUAUUCCGGUGGGCAACAUGAAAGAUCGAUUAUUUGAGAAGUUGGAGCAAUCCCUUGUUGAUGUGCAACUACACUUUGAUGGAAAAAUUGCUUAUCCUGCAAACUCAGAUGAGUCUGCCAAGCAAGAAUCACCUGAUCAUAAUUUUACCGCUCACGAGGUUUCAACUUCUGAGUUGGUGGAGGCAAUCCGUGCUUACAGAGUAAUAUUUCCUGAUUCAGAACAGGAACUUAUUAGAAUCUCACAUGAUCUUGUUAUCAAGCAUUUUGAAACCAUUGUGAAGCACAUAAGGAACCAAAUUUCUUCACUAGACUUGUUGGGAAUGCUCAGACUUGUUUGGGAUGAUGUGCUAAUGAUCGAUGAUGUGCUACCUGAAGCAUCUCUUGCUGAUGUUUGUUUGGAGGCUGCCAACCAUGCUGUCAAGGUGUACAUUUCUGGCAGCUUUUCUCAUCUCCUUCAGGAAAUAUCAAAUUCUCUGAUGAAAGUUCAAAAUAGCCAAAAGGAGACGGUGAAAGAAGAACAUUCUUUGCAGAUUAUUCUGGAGGCGAGCAAGAAGGCAGUCAUACAAGGGAGCAUGGGUGUCUUGCUGAACUUUCGUCACCUUCUUGAUGAUAGCCGGCCACUGCUAAAUAGACUGAGGGACUUGAUUGUUGAUUGGGUUCAAGAAGGGUUUCAAGACUUCUUCAUUUCACUUUAUAAUCGCUUUCUUUUGCUUUCGGGAAAAAGUAGUUCAGUUGCUCCAGAUUUGGUUUUCCGAGACAGCAUUCAAGGAGACAAGACUUAUGCUGGUCUUGUUCUUGUUCUGGCUCAGCUCUCGGUUUUUAUAGAUCAAAAUGCCAUCCCAAGAAUCACUGAGGAGAUCGCAACUUCAUUUUCUGGCGGAAGCGUCAGAGGUUAUGAGAGUGGCCCUGCAUUUGUUCCUGCAGAAAUUUGCCGAAUAUAUCGAUCUGCUGCUGAAACGUUCCUGCACCUUUAUAUAAAAAUGAAAACUCAGAGAGUAUCGGUUCUCCUUAAGAAACGGUUUACAGCAACAAAUUGGAUCAAGCACAAGGCGCCCAGAGAAGUUCACAUGUUUGUUGAUUUACUUCUUCAAGAGUUGGAAGGAGUACAGUCUGAGAUAAAACAACUGUUACCUGAGGCACCCUCCCGUAAACAUCGUCGUGCUGAUAGCAUUAGCAAUGGGAGCACAUCAUCUUCACGUAGCACUCCAUUGCGUGAUGACCGUCAGCUAGCUCGAUCCAACACUCAAAAGGCUAGGAGUCAGCUGCUUGAGUCUCAUCUAGCCAAAUUAUUUAAGCAGAAAAUGGAAAUAUUCACCAAAGUGGAUGCCACACAGGAUUCUGUCGUAACCACAAUAGUGAAACUUUGCCUAAAAAGUUUGCAAGAAUUUGCUCGAUUGCAAACUUUCAACAGGAGCGGAUUUCAGCAGAUUCAGUUGGACAUACAGUUCUUGAGGAUUUCUAUAAAGGAUAACGUGGAAGAUGAAGCCGCGGUCGACUUUUUACUCGAGGAGGUAGUUGUUGCUGCUGCUGAACGUUGUCUGGAAGCGAUCUCCUUAGAUCCUGCUGUUUUAGACAGACUUAUACAAGUAAAGUUGGAAAAAUCCAAGGAACAAACUCCUACAAACGAUCCAUAAUUGUAAAAGAUCUCUUUCGUAGCAUUUCGUACUUGUAAAUUUGUAAGAAUUCUCUCGCCGAUCUUCCAUAUACAAGUAUUAUUCUGUAUGAGACCGUUCCCAGGUGUGGUAAGAAUGGGUUAUGACAAGAGUGGGCUUUUGCUGAAUUCACUUAACAAAGCUGAGAUUUGAGUCACACAAUUAUGUUGUGUGAUCGUUAUGGAUGCAUUGCUGAGAACAUCAUUCAUCGCCGAGGAUCAAAAAUGUAAUGUAGAGAGGAUAAAAUAUCAAAAAAUCAGAUUUUGUCACUGUAUUGUUUUUAACAUUCAAAUUUUAAGUCUUUUGUGUUUACAUAUGUUCUGUAAUGGCUAAAUAAGCACUAUGUGAUUACAAUUUGCAGGGAUGUGAAACUGUGAACCAAGUGUCGAGUUGAACAUAAAACAUGCUUGAGCUCUACAGAACUUUUAUUAGUCUUUUACAUCGAAAA